UGUAUUAUACGAAUUUGAAUAAAAAAGAACGAAUUUUUUUUUUACUGAAUAUGAGAUUUCCGCUUAUGCCUCGGCUUUGACUGAGCCAGCCCUGGAUAUACCACAAGGAAAUGCCCCACUUUCUGAUCUCUAUGGCACAGCCAAGCUCAGACUCAGGAAAAACUCUACCACCAAAUGAAGAUUCAAUUUCAGUUCCGAUUAUCGGCCCUCAGUUUUGUGCUUCUUAUCAUGUGGAUCUUGUAAUUAUGAGAAACGCUUUGAGCCUUAAAGAUGGCAGUUUUGUUGUCACUGACGCCUGUGGUAAUAUCUUGUUCUCAGUGAAGGGAAAACUUAUGAGCCUUCAUCACAAUCGGAUCUUGCUCGAUGGUGAUGACAAUCCUCUUGUCAUUAUAAGACGAAAAAUAAUUUCUUUACACAAAAAAUGGUAUGCUUUUAGGGGAGAGAAACCAGAUUUUAAAAACCACCUCUUCACCGUCGGCAAAUCUUCAGUGGUGCAGCUGAUGAAAACCUUUGAUGUGUAUUUGGCCAGUAACACAAAAGAGGAUGUUUGUGAUUUUAGAGUCAAAGGCAACUGGCUGGAACGAGCUUGUGUUGUCUAUGCUGGAGAGUCUUCCACCAUUGUAGCCCAAAUGCACAAAAAGCUUUCUGUGGAUGAAAAGGACAGGUUCAUGGUGACAGUUUAUCCUAACAUAGAUCAUGCAUUUAUAGUAACCCUUAUAGUUAUCCUCGAUGCCAUUUACGACGAUGAUGAUCAGUGAAAUUUCAGGUAUUGUAAGUGCGAUAUCAAUGAAAUAAUCUGCUGUUCUUUUAACGAUUAAGAUAGUUGCUUUUAGUUUCAGGGUUUGUGAUUCUUGAUACAAUUAAGUCUGCAGAAUCCAGCCAUGGAUCCCUUCAAACUGGAACAUUUCUUGAUGCGGGUUCAGCUGGUGGCGGUUGUUGAUUUUCUUAUAUCCCUAUCAAACUGUAUUUUUCUUUCAUAUAAUCAAGUGACUAUUUUAUUGUAAAAUGAUAUAUAUUGUUCUUAUUUUGUGCUAGUUUCGGUAUCAAAUAGUAAUUUAUACCUUCAUUUAAUCAAGAAAGAAAAAGUUUAACGCAUUCCA